AAUGUAAUGAUUGCGUAAUAAUCAUCCAGGGAUUGUUGUACAACACGUUUAGCAUUGAUUGAGUGAGGAAAAUGGAUAUUGUAAAUAGAAUAUUUCACCCAAGAUAUACUUUACCUUUCACAACAUUUGGGGCAUUAGUCGGAGGCACGUUGCUACUAAAAGACUAUUAUGGUGGUGAUAAAUGUCCGAGCAAGGCCAGAGUUGAUGGCAAAACUGUAAUCAUCACUGGAGCAAAUUCUGGUAUUGGGAAAGAGACUGCAUUGGAGUUGGCAAAAAGAGGUGGCAAAAUCAUCCUUGCCUGCAGAGAUAUUAAGAAGGCAGAAAAGGCCAGAGAGGAGAUCGUGGCUGCUAGUGGCAAUACAGAUGUGAAGGUCUUGCAGUUGGAUCUAGCCUCCCUAUCCUCUAUAAGACAGUUUGCUGACAAAAUCACCUCAGAUGAAGAAGGUGUUGAUGUUCUGGUCAACAAUGCUGGUUUGAUGAGAUGCCCCAAGUGGAAGACUGAAGAUGGCUUUGAGAUGCAGUUUGGGGUCAAUCAUUUAGGUCACUUUUAUCUGACAAAUCUUCUACUGGACAAGUUAAAGUCAUCAGCCCCAAGCAGAAUCAUAAAUGUUUCUUCAGUGGCUCAUCAAGUGGGCAAGAUAAACUUUGAAGACAUCAACAGCGAUCAGCGGUAUAAUUCAGCGGAAGCCUACGCAAACAGCAAACUUGCCAAAGUUCUCUUCACGAGGGAGUUGAGUAAACGACUAGAAGGUACUGGUGUAACCGCAAAUGUUCUCCAUCCAGGAGUAGUGAAGACCAAUAUAGGUAGACAUACAGGGAUGCACCAGUCGGGAUUCUCUAUGGCUAUCCUGGGUCCAAUAUUCUGGCUUUUUGUGAGGUCUCCACAGCAAGGGGCCCAAACCUCUGUCUACUGCGCUGUGGAUCCAGAGCUGGAAAAAGUCUCUGGUCAAUAUUUCAGAGACUGUAAAAAGUCUGAAUGCGAUGCCAGUGGCAAGGACGACGAGGCCGCGGCCAAGCUGUGGGACGUCAGCUGUCAACUGACUGGCCUUUCUUCAGAGGAAACUAAAGAAAAAUCAGCAAAGACACAGGAUGUAGUGAAGGAAGCAGAGAGAUGA